AUUCAGAUCCAGCAUCAUUCAGAGAACUCAACUCGAGCUGUGAAGACGUCCAAAUAAAGUGCUCCGAUUAAAAAAACUAAAGUGUUCCAAGUGCAAGACUUUAAAGUAAUAUUCGAAGUCUACUUAGGCAAAUUUUCAUAAAAGUCACGCAGUGGAUCUCUACGCGGAUUUGCAUAGAUACCAAUUAAAGAACGCAUCGAAUCGGACCCAUAUAGACCAUCAUAUCGUGUACGAUGGGUGGCAGAAGUCGAACACUUCAAUUGGUAUUCCUAGCUCUAAUUGCAAUCGCUCAAUGGCAGACGAUUGCGGCGGGGCCAGUCUCAAACGAGGAGCUGCGCGGAACCAUCCAGUCGCUGAUCUACUCCUACAACCAACUGGACAAUAAGUUGGAGCGCCACGAGCAUCGGGAACGAGCCUUGGGAGAAUUGCUGAAGAAGGCUCUGCAAUCCCUGCAAAAGGGUCAGAAGAGUCUGGAACCCAUCAAUGGGAUUUUCGGACGGCUGGACGAGAGGGUCAGCCAAAUAGAGACCAUGUUGAUUACGCAAGAGGAGAAGUACAACUCGCAGUCGGAUCGCUUCAACCAGGCCACGGAGCACAUGUUCAAGUGGAUGAGGGAGAAUGACGAGUGUUUCAAAAGGCCACCGGUUAGUGCCAACCUAAUAGCUCCUCCAGCCGCGCCCCCUGCGCCCCCAGCGAUUCCGAAGGAGUUCCUGGAGGAGCAGAAGCGUCUCAAUACCAAAUUGCUGGAGGAGAUUCAGAAGCUAACUUCCAGUGUGGCCGCUUUGAAGGAAAGCAGCCAGAAGGCGGCCGAUAAAACCCAACAGAACUUCGAGAAACUGCCCAAGGGAGCGGAAUUGCUGUCCCAGAUCGAGGCCAAAUUGCAGGAGCAUUCCGCUAGCGUGACCACUGCUGCUCCGCCCAAAACCAAUGAAUUCGAGGUCCAUGUUUUGGGUAGCUUGAAUUCGCUGGGUGGAAAGGUGACCGAGUUGAGUGAAUCUGUUCAGCGUCCGGUUGCUCCAGUUGGCCUGACCGAAAAGGAUCGCUCCUUCAUCCAGGAGCUCAGUAACGACACCCUCAACGCCUUGGCGCAGCUCAAGAGCGAGUCCUCUGCCACACAGAAAUCAGCCUUGACGGAGACCACGGAGCGACUGCAGCAGACGGAGGCCAAUAUCCAGGCGGAUGUUCGCCAGCUGUCCACGGAAGUGGGCAUCCUCAAUAAAUUCUUCGCCGCGGCCAAUGAGAGCAAUGUCAAGCUAAACGAGGGACUGGAGGCUCUGGGCAAGUUCAACAACAUAAUCAUGACCAAUUCGGAGGUGGUUUUGGACACACAGCGUAAGGUGGAGUUUGGAACACUGAAUGUGGUGCAGCGGGUGGGCAAACUGCUGGAGGAGGAGAUGACCAAGCUGAGUGGGCUGCUGAAGGAGCGCUUCGCCACGCUGGACGGCACGGUGGUGAAUACACAACAAGAGGCGAACAAGAACAUCAGUGGACUGCUGGAGACAGAGCUGAACCAGGUGUGGCACCGCAUCGAGAUUAUGGCUGGCGAGAUCAGUCAGAGCAGGGAAAUGCUGGGAGUGAUGCAGUCCGCAUCCGAUGGCUACAUCAACAGCACGCUGGCCACAAUGAUGGGACUGGGCAGCCGGGUGGAGGAGACCAAGAAGCACAUGAUCGACAUGGACGAGAACCUCAACUUCCUGCUGGGCAAACUGUCACUGAUGUCCAGCGAGUUUGCUAACAUCAAGAAGGGCUUGGCCGAUUCCCUCGAGGAUUUGCGCAACUCCUUCCAUGUCAUCCACGAGCGAAUGCCCACGGGUCCGGGGCCACAUAAUACCGAUAAGAACAAGUAUCUGACCGAUGUCAAUCUGCUGUCCAAGCGCCAUGCUGAACCUGAAAGGGAAUAGAAGGGAUUCGCUGGGAAUUAACAAGAUACAAUACUCCUAACCAUAGCGUCUAAGUCUGCCUACUUACAUGUAAACAUUUAGUUGCACUUAAGUCAAUAGCACGGCACAACAAUCUAUACAUCUUCACUUGUUGCUUAAACCAUUUAAAAGUAUACAAAUAAAUGAAGUUUAAGAUAUCCAAAGAAAAUAUAUAAUUUCAUUACAUUAUAUUAUUACUUUAUAUAAGUGCUAUCGACCUAAUCGCAACUGUACAUACUUAUGUCAAAAAUCGAUCUUAAAAACCUUAAACCCUGCCCCGAAAUACACUUUCUUUACGAACAAUA